UUGAAAAUCGUAAACAAAACAUUUGUAUUACAGGCCAGUUGAAAUAUUAUUUUCGGGCUAUAUAAGAACUGUGCGUGGUAGAUUAGUUCUCAUUUAGCAGGACCGAGUUUAAGCUACCCCAUUGGAAAAGAAGAUGACAACUAACGCAGUCAAAGACAAGCCCUCACAAACUGAUUACGACCUGGAGGAGGAAAUCGACAACCACUUGAGGCGUAUUUUCUACAUAAAGCCAAAAGCUGACUCCCCGAAAUGUAACCCCUACAUAGUGGAGUUCUUUGGGGUUCUCAGUCUGACGGAUCUGCGGGCGCCCGAGCGCAAACUCUGGGUGAUAUACUACUGCAAGCAGCCGGAACUGGACAAAACGGUGGACGAGAUCCACCAGAAGUAUGGGAAGAAGAACAUGUUCGACCUGUACCGCACGCCCGUCUUCAGUGGAGCUGCUCUGCGGGCCAGUGUAAAGAAGCACUUUGCGGGGCUCAAGUGGUUUACGAAUGGAAACCUCCUGGAGGCCCCUCCUAAGAGUCACUUUAACGACGAGCGAGUGGUCAAGACCAUAGCGGAUCUGCACCACCAAGAGCAGCAGAGGCUCUAUAACUAUGUUAUGGUGAAGAAUAUGUGGUUCAAGCGUUAUAGAUAACUUAGAGGCAUCGACUAACCAAUGUGAUUUAGAAUUAAUUAGAUUUUUUAAUAAAUGUGACUCAGCCCUAGUUCAGAAAGAAAAUCAGUUAAAAAAGUUAAUAUUUGAUAUGUUAUUAAUAGCUUUAUUUUGAAAUAAACUAUUUUUAAAAAUAAA